CCUAACCUCAUCUUAUAGCGCGCGUGCAUGUUUUUUAUGUUUAUAUGAAUUGCAAUUCCGAUUACAAUGAAAUGUCAUAUACCGUAAUAAUAGUAUAAAAAUAUUAAUGAACCAAAAAAGAGAUUCGUUAUGAUCAUUUACCUUUCAUAUAUAUUCGUUGAUAUUUUCUUCGUUGCAAUCUCCGAAUUAAUACAAUCCAGCGAGGAAGUUUUAUAGGUUAUGCCGGUGAUCUCUUGUUGAUCAUAAUACGAGCUCAUCUCUUAUAUUAAAGAGAAUAAUACGAAUACGAAUACACGAUGGACGAAGCUUUAACUACACCACCUACAUAUCAGUUGCAUUUUUCUAAACAGAUAUAUUGCGUUGAGUUAUCUCCUUACGAAUGGUCUCAACAUCUAAUUUGUGUCGCUUUAGCCGAAGAAAUUGUCAUCGGUACUAUUAAAUUUCAGGAUGAAGAUGAAACAGUGGAAGAUAUUGCUUAUAAACCUUUUAGAACAUUUCGUCAUGAUACUAGACCACAUGCUAUUGCUUGGAGUCCAGAAACCUCCUUGAGUGUUGUACCUAAAGUUUUAAUGUUCUGUGUUGCUGGAGCAGAUUUUAAAAUAAGAUUAUAUAGCAGUGAUCUGAAUGAAAACACUGUAUGCCAGAUGGAAGGACACAAGGAUUAUAUAAAUUCAAUUUGUUAUGAAACCGAAGGUGAAUUAUUGGCUUCUGUGUCUGAUGAUCACACUUGUAAACUUUGGGCUGUAAAAGAAGAUGAAAAAUGUAUAUCUACAUUUUACUUAACAUCUCCAGGAAUGAGUGUGAGUUUUCAUCUUGAAAAAUCUGGCAAGCUCCUUGUUGGUGAAAAAAAUGGAUUGAUUCAUAUGUAUGAUGUACGCAGUCAGCAAGCAAUUAUGUCUUUAGAUACAGAUAUUGUUCCCUUAAUGUCUAUUGAUUGGGGACCCAACCCAUUAAAAGUUGCAGCUAUAGCAGCUGGAAAGCUAAUUUUAUGGGAUAUAUCCAAACCUAGUCCACCUUUAGAAUCAAAACCUCUUCACAUUGAAGGAGGUUUAAUAGUGAAGUUCUUCCUUGGCUAUGAAAAUUUUGUAGCAAGUAUAGGCAGACCAGACAAUUUAUUAAAGGUAACAAAUAUAAAAACUGAACAAGAAAUAAUUUGUGGGCAAGUUAAAUUAAUAGGUGGAAUAACGUGCCAUUAUAAAUUACCAUAUGUCUGCGCGACAAGUGACCGAGAAAUUCGUUUUUGGAAAAUAACUUCAAAUUAAAAAGAAAAAUAUUUUAUUACAAAAAACUGACUUUUUUAUUAAUAAAAAAAUGUUUUCUAAUUAUAAACAAUUUUUAUAAAUAAAAAGUCAUAUUACCUAAUUUAUCAAUAUUCAUUUAAAUAAAUUGUAUUUCAUAGAA